CAACUCAAUAUUCUUGAAGAUGGACUCGCCGGAUUUCCCCACCGGCAAGUCGCCGCGGUCUCUCCAAGGUCCCCGUCCGGCACCUCUUAGAGUCCACAAAGAUUCCCACAAGAUCAGAAAACCACCGGUGGUUCCACAGCCGUACCACCACCACCACCAACAACAACAACCACAGCCACCACAACAGCAACACCAUCGGCCACCGGUCAUCAUCUACACCGUCUCCCCAAAGGUAAUCCACACAAACCCAAAUGAAUUCAUGACUUUAGUACAACGUUUGACCGGCCCAUCUGCCUCGUCUCCGGUGGGUAUGGCCUCCGCUUUCCAAGACGACGGCGGCGCUGUAUCGCCGGCAGCAAGAUUCGCAUCCAUAGAAAAAGCGGCGAAAUCCCCAGACGGCAGGAAAGCAACACAGAUCGGAGACUUCACCGGCGUGGAAGGGUUGGAGAUGGGGUACUUCCCCGGAAUAUUGUCUCCGGCACCGGGAUCACUUCCACCAAUCCCCCCAAAUUUUUUCUCUCCAUUAACCAACGAUUUUUUUCACGAUUUGAGCCCAGUUUUACAUAGCAAUAGAAAUUACAAUUACAUGGAGGGCAAUAAUUUCAUGGCGAGCCCUACAAAUCUUCUAUCCUCACACAUAAUUUCACCCACCACUCCAAAUUUGGAUCUUUUCCACAGCUUAUUUGACUUGUAAUCUGCAAUUUCAUUGGUUGAUUUCAUCAUAGUGUUUAGUUGCCUUUGUUUACCAAUGAAAAGGGUUAGGGGUAGAAUUGGAAUUUCACCACAAGUAUUAUUUUAUUUUUUUUGGUGGACCAAAAA